GUUGCUGUUGUUCUUGCUGCUGUCUAUGACAUUUUGCUGUGUCGGCGGCGUGUCCCUUCUCCUUCCGUUUUGUAAAUAAAUAAAUAGUGAAAUUAUACAAAAUGUCGGAGCAUUUACCAUCAACGUCAACAGCACGUAUCCACUACAGUGACGAUGUGUUGGCAAGCGAAGAGUAUCGUUCGGAAUACCGUCGUCAAGAAUUCAACAGCAAGGAGUCCAUAAACCUAACACCCUCGGCCACACCACAUGGUUCGCCACAAUCCCGCCAACGUUUAGGACAGCAUUUAAGUAAAUCAGCCUCCGAAUUGAACGGUCACAAGGAGUCACCGCAGACAUCACCGAAACGGGCGAAAAGUGCCGCUGCGCCACACACAUCCUCAAGUGGCGGAGGAGGGGUGUUGCAGAAAACCCAUGGCUUCUUUAAUAAUCUGAAACAUCGUUGGGGACGAGCGAAAAGUAAGGAUCGGGUGGGGCGUAAGUCGCCAAAUGAUUUUCUCGAGGAGAGUACAGAUUAUGCUGCUGACUACAGUUCGGAGAGUAGUUCUGUCACCCAAUCGCCAAGGCAUAGAUCGAAGACCAUAGGAGGUUCACCUUUGGCCAAGGAAUUUAAGGCCACCGCCAGAAUGGCCCAGGCCAUACAGAGGUUUGGUGGUUCCAUGGAGGGGCGGAUCGAUGAGCAUCCUGAGAAUGGGGGCAGCAAUUAUGGGGCCAAUGAUUCGCAUUUGACAGCCCGGCAAAUUGAACAUUUACAGGCCGAAGAGAAACGCCGCAAAAAGGAAGCCCAAUUACGUCAAUAUGUCUUCUUUCAACUACGUGUUCAUCUCAAGAAUGGCAGUGAUUUAGUGGCCAUGGAUAAAAAUGGUCUGAGUGAUCCUUAUGUUAAAUUUAAAAUGGGCGGCCGCCUUUUACACAAAUCACGCACAAUACAUCGAGAUUUGAAUCCCGUGUGGGAUGAAGUGUUUGUGGUGCCAAUUGAAGAUCCUUUUGAGCCAAUUAUUGUUAAGGUAUUCGACUACGACUGGGGCCUGCAGGACGAUUUCAUGGGCUCGGCAAAAAUCGAUUUGACACAACUGGAAUUAGGCAUUGCUGAAGAUGUCAAUUUGGCGCUGCACGAUGUCAACCACCCCGACCGGCCAAUGGGCGAAAUUCUGGUGAAUUUAACUCUGUGGCCGCGCAGUCAAGAGGACAAAGAGCAGCAUUUCCAGCGAAAUUCAAAAUUGGCUGAAUCAUCGAAACGUUUAAAGUCUCAAAUCUGGAGUUCAGUUGUCACGAUAUUGCUGGUUAAAGCCAAAGGUUUGCCGCUGGCAGAGGAUGGCAAUAAAUUAAAUGAUGCCCACAUCAAAUUUAGACUUGGAAACGAAAAAUACAAAAGUAAAUCAUCAUGGACGGAACGAUGGCUGGAACAAUUCGACCUGCAUCUGUUCGAAGAGGAACAGCAGCUGGAAAUAUCAUUAUGGAAUCGUAAUACCCUAUUCGGCAAAGCUUCCAUAGAUUUAAGUGUAUUCGAGCGAGAAAAUACCCAUGGCAUUUGGAAACAAUUUGAAGACUGUCCCGGUGAGGUAUUCCUCAUGUUGACCAUAAGCGGAACAACGGCUCUCGAAACAAUCAGCGAUUUGAAGGCGUUCAAGGAGGAUCCACACGAGUUGAAAGCAAUGACCGAACGUUAUCGUUGGCAUCGUUGCUUUCAAAAUCUACGCGACGUCGGCCACUUGACGGUGAAGGUGUUCGGGGCUCAGGGUCUAGCCGCAGCCGAUAUUGGUGGGAAAUCUGAUCCCUUUUGUGUGCUAGAAUUGGGAAAUGCCCGCUUACAAACACAGACGGAAUAUAAGACUUUAACGCCAACGUGGAAUAAGAUUUUUACAUUCAAUGUCAAAGACAUAACGCAAGUUCUGGAAAUCACAGUUUACGAUGAAGAUCGCGACCAUCGUGUGGAGUUCCUGGGGAAAUUAGUAAUACCCCUGCUGCGCAUUAAAAAUGGUGUCAAGCGUUGGUAUACUCUGAAAGACAAAAAUCUCUGUUCGCGGGCCAAAGGUCUAUCGCCACAGAUUCUCCUAGAGAUGCACGUGGUAUGGAAUGAAGUGAGAGCGGUCUGUCGUGUCCUGCAACCAAAAGAGGAGAAAUUAAUCCAACAGGAGGCCAAGUUUAAAAGACAAUUAUUUUUACGAAAUGUUAAUAGACUGAAAGUGAUAAUUAUGAAUAUACUCGAUGCUGCGCGAUAUGUACAGAGCUGCUUUGAAUGGGAAAGUCCCCUUAGAUCAGUUAUAGCAUUUACUUUGUGGAUUGUAGCUUGCAUUUAUGGAAAUUUGGAGACGGUGCCGCUGGUUAUUCUUCUCAUAAUACUCAAAAAUUGGCUGGUCCGUUUAAUUACGGGACAAUCGGAUUCAACAAGCGGUAGUUAUGAUUAUGACUACGAUGAGGAUGAUGAUGACGACAAAGAGAAGGAGGAAAAGAAAUCUAUAAAGGAACGUUUGCAGGCCAUACAGGAAGUCUCACAAACUGUACAGAAUACAAUUGGCUAUUUGGCGUCGCUGGGAGAGAGUACCAAGAAUACCUUUAAUUUUUCCGUCCCCGAACUAACCUGGUUGGCAGUGGUUCUACUAAUUGGUGCCAUAAUUGUCUUACACUUUGUACCUAUACGUUUCCUGCUACUCUUCUGGGGCAUAAUGAAAUUUAGCCGCAGAAUAUUGAGACCGAACACCAUACCCAAUAAUGAGCUGUUGGACUUUCUCUCAAGGGUACCAGAUGAUGAAGAACUUAACCAAUUUCGAGAAUUACCGCCCACGGCUGUCAGCGAUGCUCAGCGUGGCAAUCCCAAGAAGAAAAUCAAAGCAUCAUAGUCUCAGGCCAGCAUCGAGGACGCUGAUAACAUACGUGAUUUCCUCAGUACCAGUGAUUAUUCCAGCAAACCCGUAGCCUCGUCUACCAUCGCCGCGGUCCAUGCAGCCGCAGCUAUGCCACAACAUGUUGUCAACCUCUCGACACGUUCCAUGCGUAAUGUAUCGCACAUGUUCAAAGCCAGUACGGAUAGUUUACGAAUGGCAGCAUUUAAGAAGAUACAUAAAAAAUCAAAUGAUAAAUACGACUAGAGCAUCAAAAUUCGAACCAAAAACAAAACGUGAAUCAAAAGUGACAACAUCAAAUACCCAAGAAGCGUCAACAUUUUUUCCAUUUAAAAUUUAGAAAAACAAAAUUAAAUUCCAUUUUUUCUCAAAAAUUUACACAACAAAACAAACAUCACAUACAACUCAAAUGCACUGUUACAACAACAACAACAAAAUAUUAUGUACAUACACCUCAUUUUUUAUAUAUUAAAAAAAAAACUAAUUUAGUAUACAUACAACAUAUUUACACUGAGAGGAAAAAACCAAAACAACAAAAAAAAAACUAAAUUUAGAUGGAAUUAAUCUAUUGUCUAUCCACUUGGAAUAUGUUGCAAGUUGUAAGGGUGGAAGAUAAGAUAAAAUAUUCUAGAAUGUGUAUUAUUUAUCUUCUCCGACGUGCUCUAGAAGAAAUCCAUUAAAGAGUACAAUAUAUUUGAUUAUAAAGGAUUGGGGAGGCUCCUGUAGUUAACUUUAAAAUUUGGGGUUGUUUAUUGAGUAAAGGCUCUAACUAGGGAUUAUAUUAUAGAAGAGCCCCGAAAAAGGAUUUUAAAUAUAUUAUAGGCGAGUCAAAGUGGGAUUUUAUAUCUAAGACCAAAAAGAGAAUAUGAAGAGAACUCAAAAGGAUUUUCAUAUAAAACGAUACCAGGCAGUCUCUUGUAGUCGACUCAAACAAAUCAAUAUGAGAAGGAAGUCUA